AUGUUACUAAAAACUUUGAAUUCCAAUGGUUUUAAGCGGUUUUUAAGCACGAAAAAGGUAAGGAACUAUCUUAGCAAGCAUUUUUAAUGUUCAUUUCGUAUUUCAGGAAGGAUUUAAGAUUGUUGAAGUUGGUCCACGAGAUGGUUUACAGAAUGAAAAGGUAUUUUUUUUAACAUUAUAUUGUUUUUCUAGUUUUAGCCAAGUUUUUGGAUGUUGUUAUAGACAUCAAAGAGGUUUUAAUUGAAUUUUGUUUAUAAAAUCUGUUUGAUUGUAGACCCUUGUGCCAGCAUUCACGAAAGUGGAGUUGAUAGAUCGUUUGAGCUCUUGUGGAUUGAAAACAGUUGAAGUUACAAGUUUUGUCUCUCCAAAAUGGGUUCCACAGAUGGCAGAUAACAAUGAAGUCUUAAAUGCCAUAAAUCAGAAGCCUGGUGUUAGUUAUCCUGUUCUUGUGCCGAAUAUGGCUGGUCUGAAGGCUGCUUUAGGUAAUCCUAAUGUCAAAGAGAUUGCUGUGUUUGGAGCGGCUUCGGAGUCCUUCACACGGUGGGUUAUAUAUUAUCUAUGUUAAUGUCAAACUCUAUCAAAAUUUGAAGUAUUUUGGUGAAUUUUAAGGUUUUUAUGGAUAUUUUUAGGAAGAAUACGAAUUGUUCAAUGGAAGAAAGUCUGAAUCGACUAAAACAAGUGACAGAAGAAGGUAUUAAGAACAAUCUUACAGUCAGAGGAUACGUCUCAAUGGUUGUUGGAGAUCCAGAUGAAGGAGCUAUUGAUCCAAAGGUUGUGGCGAAUAUUUCUGAGAAAUUGUUUUCUUUUGGAUGUUAUGAAGGUAACUUGGAAAAAGAUUAAUUUUGUUUAGACAUGAGAAACGGGCCGGGCCCGGCUCAUUUUUCAGGCCCGGCCCGCUUGCCGGGCUUGAAUGAGGCCCGGUUCGAUCGAAAUUUUGCUCAAGGCCGGCCCGGCCCGUUUCUCAUGUCUAAUUUUGUUAACAGUACUUGCUAUGGAAUGCCAAUUUGGCGAGAGGUUUUAAAACUGAUUUUUUAAAUUUUGACUUUAACGCUUAAAUUAUUCAUUUCAUCUUAUUAUACUUUUAAAAAUGUUAUUUUCAGUAUCACUGGGUGACACGAUUGGAGUGGGUAGUGCAAAGAGUACUGGCAGAAUGCUGGACGAAGUGUUAAAGGUGGCUCCAGCUUCAAAGUUUGCAGUUCAUUGUCAUGACACAUAUGGCCAAGCCCUGGCUAAUGUUUUGAUUGCUAUUGAGAAGGGGAUUCGAGUAGCUGAUGCCAGUGUGUCUGGCCUUGGAGGAUGUCCAUAUGCCAAAGGGGCUACAGGAAAUGUGGCUACAGAAGACUUGUUGUACAUGUUGAAUGACCUGGGGUUUGAAACGGUAAGAAAACGAUUUAUCACUGGUAAAAUUCGUGAAAAAGUAAAUUGUAAUAGCAUAUUAUUUAUUUAGGUUUUGUUUUCAGACUGUGUAAAGAAAGUUUUUGUUGUCUUUUACUUCGUAAAGAAAGUUUUUGCUAUUUUAGAUCCUGUAAAGGAAGUUUUUGUCAUUUUAUACUUUGUAAAGAAAGUUUUUGAAAUUUUUGAUAUUGUAAAGAAAGUCCUUGUUAUUUUUAACAAAAAAUUGAUAUGUUAUCUUCAGGGAGUUGAUUUGGACAAACUCAUCGAGACCGGCGAAUGGAUUUGCCAGAAGAUGAACCGAGACAACAAGUCGCGUGCUGGCCGUGCACUCCUAACCCGAAAACAACGCCGCAGGGCCUAA